AUGAUAAAUAGAGAUAACUCUCGAAUUGUUUUGUUCCUCGUGGCACUUCAUACAAUACAUCGAAGAGGCUCUGUCUUUCCUCCGAUACAUCGAAGACAUUCUAAAGGAGCGGGAAAAUCAUCGGUUUUUCUGGGAAUUUCAGUUAUCCGGUCUACACACGAGAUAAUGGCUCGUAAUCGCGGGACAUCGCUCGUCUCUUCUUCCUUAGCUCUUCUUCUCAUCGCAUUAACCGUAUCAUCGAGCCACGGCUUUCUGGGCACCGAGAAAAAGAUCAAAUCAGCAGUUUUCUUAUCACCGAAACUGGAGAUGAAUCCUGGAUCAGUCGCAAAUCUUUCUUUCGACAUGGAUUUCCCGAGAGGACACAUCGGCGUCAAAAGCUUCGACGCUGAAGUAGUCGACGAAGCCGGAAACUCCGUCCCUCUACACGAGACCUAUCUUCACCAUUGGGUGUCGAGCCGUACUACGUGCGUAAAGGCUUCAACCUUUCCCAGCGAGACAUGCCUAGGAACCACGGGGCUGUGCAAGAACACGCUCAGGCAUUUCUUCGGACUAGGAUCAGAGACCAGAAAGACCUCGACGUACGUGCCUGAUCCUUACGCAAUCGAAUUCGACAACCCCGAGGAAAGACCUGAUGGAUACGAAUUCAAAUGGCUUCUAAACAUCCACGCCAUAGACACGAGAGGCGUUGUGGAUAAAUCAGGAUGCACCGAGUGCAGGUGUGAUCUGUACAAUGUGACCAUUGAUGAGUACGGUCGAACAAUAAAACCUGAUUACAAAGGAGGUUUAUACUGCUGCUACGAUAAGACUCAGUGUCUGGUGGAAUACGAUGUGAAACCGUGCAAAACCAAUGGCGAUGGAUGCGUUGAUGUCAAGAAGAAGAGCUUAAUGAUGCCGUUUAAUGGGUAUGUUGUCUACGGCGUUGCUCACCAACACUCUGGUGGUGUCGGCGCUUCUCUGUCCCGAGAGGGCGGUGAGGGAAUUUGCACUUCGAGGCCAAAGUAUGGCAAUGGAGUCGAACCGGGAAACGAAGCUGGUUACAUUGUUGGAAUGUCGACCUGUUAUCCUCAAGAACCAGUGAAAGUGAGCUAUGGAGAGACACUCACUUUGGAGUUUAACUACAGUAGUGCCGUUGGUCAUACCGGAGUUAUGGGACUCUUCUACAUCCUCGUUGCUCAGCAGCUGCCUGAACCGGAGAUCUCCCUGCCUGCGCUUUUUCAGGCACAGACGAAAAGCGUGAGCUUUUUCGCAUUUCUUGCAGUGACGGUGGUGGUGGUGGUGGCGGUUGUGGUUCUAAUAGCCGCCGUGGUAUACCGGAGACAGAACCGGGAAGAUGGCUACCAAUCGCUUAGCACUUAA